UUGUGUUCGGACAAAAAUAUUACUAAACUCUAACAAAUAGACAGUUAAUAAUAACUUACAUAUAAAUAUAUGUAUAUGUUAGUUUGACAGGUCUUCAGUGUGUGUGUAUGGCUGUGUGCCGGUGUUUUAUGUAGUGUUUAUUAUUGUUUGUGUUAUCAGUCAGUGAUAGCGAGCGUGUUGAGAAACGAUUAAUAAAAGAUAUAUCAUCCCUACUGAAGCAAGAAAUAAGUAAUAACAAUGAUCGCCACAUUGCUAUUGGUGGGUUUCAUCGGGCUGGUGAUCUAUAGACUCCUGGCUGAGGAGGAGAAUCCUUUGGACAAAUUACCUGGACCACCACGGAAGCCGAUCGUAGGAUGUGUCUUCGAAUUCCUGAAUCUUACUCCACGUGUAAUGUUCAAGAAAAUGCGACUGUACAGUAAGGUGUAUGGAGGCCGCUACAUUGUUAAAAUAUUACGAAGAAGGAUUCUACAUCUGCACAAUGUUAAUGAUGUUGAGAUCGUGUUGUCUCAUCCGAGGAACAUAAAGAAGAGUAAGCCAUACAGCUUCUUGGAAGGCUGGCUUGGCACUGGACUGUUGCUCAGUUCUGGUGCAAAAUGGCACAGACGUCGCAAGAUCCUGACUCCAACUUUCCACUUCAACAUUCUAAAGAACUUCACCAACGUGAUGGAGGAGAGGAGUCGAGGACUGGUAGACAAGCUGAAGGAGUACGACGGCAAGGAAGUCAACCUCAUGCCGGUCAUUAGUGAUUGUACCCUGUAUACUAUUUGUGAAACCGCAAUGGGUACUCAAUUAGACUCUGAUUCUUCUACAAAGACCCAAGAAUAUAAGACAGCUAUCCUGCAAAUUGGGGGGCUACUUAUGGGUCGUCUCACAAGAGUGUGGCUGCACAAUGAGUAUAUCUUCCGAAAAUUCCCAAUGGGUAAACAGUUUGAGAAAUGUCUAGAGAAAGUUCAUCCUUUUGCUGAUAACGUGAUAAUGGAGAGGAAGAAGAAUUGGAAACCUGGACAGAGUAAUGCAGGAGAAGAUGAUGUAGGUGGUAAGAAGAGGUUGGCCAUGUUGGACGUAUUGUUAGAAGCUGAGAGGAAAGGAGAAAUUGAUUUAGAGGGAAUAAGAGAAGAAGUUAAUACGUUUAUGUUUGAGGGACACGACACUACAGCAAUGGCUCUCGUUUUUGGACUUAUGUUGCUAGCAGACCAUCCAGAAGUACAGGAACGGAUUUACGAAGAAUGUCAGACGAUCCUGGGUGAUUCAGACACAUCUCCAACGAUGUCUGAUCUGGCUGAAAUGAAGUAUCUGGAGGCAGUUAUCAAAGAAAUCUUAAGACUGUACCCGAGUGUGCCGUUCAUUGCCCGGGAGGUGACUGAGGACUUUAUGUUAGGAGAUGUCCUAGUAAAGAAAGGUACAGAAGUAUCAAUCCACAUAUACGACCUGCAUCGUCUGCCAGAAUUGUACCCAGACCCGGAGGCUUUCAAGCCGGAACGGUUCCUCAAUCAACAACCGACACAUCCCUACGCCUUUGUGCCUUUUAGUGCUGGACCUCGGAAUUGUAUAGGUCAAAGAUUCGCGAUGUUGGAAAUGAAAUGCAUGCUGAGUGGAGUCUGCCGUAAGUUCAAGCUGUCACCCAUUGUCCCGGGAGAAAGGCCAAAACUGCUCGCCGAUAUGGUGUUAAGACCAGUCGGACCUGUCUGUGUGAAGAUGCAUCAAAGAUAGGUUUUAAGAUAAGCAUUACUGAAUAGUUGUGAAUUUUGUGAUACAUUAAAAUUCUUUAUUGUAAGUCAAAAUAUAAUGUUAUUAUUAUAGUUGUGAUACUUUUACAAAAAUCAAAUUAUGAGUUAAUAAAAAAAGCAAGAAUGACUACGUUUUAAAAUUGA